AAGUGUAGGAUAAUUUUACAUUUUUGGAACGAUGAAAAUAAGGAAACAUAUACUCCCGCGUACGCUACAAGAUGCCGUGGCUACAACGUUCAUGGCCGGCAUCAUUCCGGUAACGUUUUGGUUCGAAGUGUACGUCGUCAUUCCGGGUAUCCAUGGUGCGGACUCCGUGUACAAUUGGGUGCAUUUCAUUCCUGCCGUCCUGUUGCUGUUCAACGUGACCGCACACAUGCUGGCAACGGUCCUCUGCGACACCAGCAGCUCGACCGAGCUGAUCCCAGCCCCACCGAACAUUGCCAGCGGUGGUGCCGGACUUGGCUCGAAGACAUGGCAUGUGUGCGCGACGUGCGAGUUCCUAGCGCCACCGCGUUCCUGGCACUGUGCAAGCUGCCGUACGUGCAUCCUCAAACGGGACCAUCAUUGCGUUUUCACCGGUUGCUGCAUUGGUCACAAAAACCACCGCUACUUCAUCAUGUUUAUAGCGUAUCUGUUCGUUUCGACGUUGUACGCGAGUGUACUGAACAAUUAUUUCCUCUGGUUCGUACGCGGCGAGGAGUUCCGCAACUGGACAUCACUGGUGAAGAUCGUUUUUCCCCUGGCCAUGCUGAUGAUCGACAUCUCGACCAAGCAGUACUAUCUGGUGAUCUACCUCAUUAACAUGGUUGGCGUUAUGUUCACCGGAGUGCUGCUAGUUUAUCACGGGCGGCUCAUCCUAUCCGGGGCAGUCGUACAUGAGCGAAAGGCCCCCGAGUAUGACAUGGGGCCAGGGGAGAACAUUCGGAUGGUGCUCGGUAACCGGUGGUAUCUGGCGUGGAUAUCACCGUUCGUUCGAAGUGAUCUACCCCACAAUGGAGUCAACUGGGACACGCUUCAGAAACAGACGAUUAAAAGUAAAUGAACAAUUUCACAUUCAAUAGAGCAUAGAUGCAACACUUUAUCUAUCGCAUUUUGUACUGAAUCAAAGUGCUUUAUUGCGCACAAUUUGUGGCCAACCUUUUAAAAA